UGCGGCUGCUAGCUUAACUUACCCGAUAGCAUUCAGCGCUACUGAGGGUUAUAGGGGUUGUUUAUUCGAAAUGUAAACAGUAAAGUUGCUUUACUGGUUGUUAUUCACAGUGAAGAGUCUAUUWAACGUAAAGGAUACUUAAGGGUACGUUUUAAAAAUCCCUAAACUUGAGAAUUAUAGGCGUUAAUAGAGUAUGUUGUGACAGACGUGCAGAGCAUUGGGCAACAGGUGAUCUUUACUUCCGAGCAGACGCGUGAGCGAUAGCUGUCUUAACCAAUCAGCGGGCAGAGAAUAAAUUCGCGGACCAAUCAAAUCUGCUCUCGGCUGCCAAGUGUGGGCGUUGUUUCAGCCGGACUGGGCACGCACAGCCGCGGUGUCAUCAGCGGUAGAUCCACACGGGACGCAGCGAACAGGCAGGGAGGGUGCGCCUGAAGGCUUUUUUUUCCGCCCUCGUUGCUGUGAAAAUAAGAGGAAGUACACCGUGAGCUGGUUUUCAGAUCGUGUGAAGCCAGGAGAGACGAGGACUAGGCUUUAUGCUUUUAUCUCCGGAAGACCCAAACUGGUAGGUUGAUGCAUCUUGUUUCGGAGCACAAGGACCUCUAAGGAAUCCAUCUGGACGCCUGCCUUCAACCUCCUCUAAUCACCUGUUCUUUCCCAUGUGGGAAGAUGGGGAAUGGACUGUCUGAACAAAAAGGUUUCUGCUCGAGAAUGUCGUUCCUCCAGUCCUUCCACAUUGCCAUCCUCGGACUAGACGCUGCUGGGAAGACGACGGUGUUGUACCGGCUGCAGUUCAAUGAGUUCGUGAACACCGUGCCCACCAGGGGCUUCAACUCGGAGAAGGUCAAAGUGCCCCUGGGUGGCAACGGGACCGUCACGUUCCACUUCUGGGAUGUCGGCGGCCAGGAGAAGCUUCGUCCCUUGUGGAAACCGUACACGCGCUGCGCGGACGGAAUCAUCUUCGUGGUGGACUCUGUCGACGCGGAGCGCAUGGAGGAGGCCAAGACGGAGCUGCAUAAGAUCACCAAGACCACCGAGAACCAGGGCGUUCCGGUGCUGGUGGUGGCCAACAAGCAGGACUUGAGGCACUCUCUGGGACUAGAUGAAAUUGAGAAACUGCUGGCGCUGAAAGAACUGGGUCCUGCGACUCCCUGGCACCUACAACCAUCCUGUGCCAUCAUAGGAGACGGACUCAACGAGGGCCUGGGCAAACUUUACGACAUGGUCCAGAAAAGGAGGAAAAUGCUUCGACUACAGAAAAAAAAGAGAUAAGCCUCCACUGAGACUGUAUUGUUGUUUUAAUGUGAAGGAAAAUAUGUUGCCUGGGUGGAUUUAAGGUUCUGCUGCAGGCUUCUGUUCACCGUGAUGAGUUUUAUCAGUCCAAAACUGAGCUUUAAGGUUUUCCGGUCGUGAUCGUACGUCAACGCCCGUUGGUCAGAAAGUGAAGAAAGGAGGAACACAGUAAGAAGAGUUGAAGGUUUCAGACACGUGCAAGUAUGAUGUGAAGCGUGAAUAAAGGUACUCAUUGCAAAGUCAUGAAGACCCGUCAAAAAAUAAAUCAGAAACGAACAAAAUCUGCAUAAUUUUAUAUUCAAAGUGACUGAAAGUAGGUCAGCACUAACCAUGAACAUGGAAGAGUCGUUCCAACAGUUUGGAUGUGUUGGUCUGUGUUUACAACACCUAUCAAGAUUAGCAGCAGGACAUGUGUCUCUAAUAUCCCCAAUAUAUAUUUAUUUAUUCUUGACUGCUGUCUUACCUGGUUCACCCUAAACGUCUUCACGAUUCUACGCCAUAUUUGUUCACGUGACUCGAGCUUCUGCUUUGUUUACAUUUGGUGCUUUCCCACAUUUCAGAACUGCACAAACCGCUGGAAUGAACUCUUUCAAACUGCACCAUUUGGUAGAGUUUAGGGUUGAUUUCUUUAUUUGCAGUGAGUACCUUUAAACGACACUGAGGGUUUGAGGGCUGGAAAGGUGUCAGAAGUUGUUUUUUAAAGGAUGCUAAAUGAUUUCAAACAUCUGGUUUAAACAAUAUUACCAAAACACGACGUCAGGCUUUGAGUAGCUGAAGGGUUAUAUGGUAAAAUCUGAAAUAAAUAACAUUGCACCUGCGACGCAGUAGUAUUUAAUUGUUUCAAAUGUUAUAAUUUCUACAUUUUUCACACUGGACUGUUUUGUGAGAAAAAGAAAAAUGGAAAGAUUUUUUUGUUUAUCACAGUAUCAGUUUGCCUGCUGUCUUGUGUCUUUUUUUCUAAAGCACUUUAGAUCACUUUUUGUUGAGUUUACAGAUUUAAAAAUGAUCAUAUUGUGUUUGAUUUUACUGAUAGGUUUGAAUACAAUAAAUACUAAUGUACAGUAGUUUUUCCACACUGGCCUUGUUGACAUUAGACAAGAAAUGAUUAUGUUUUGCUAAAUAAAGUGUGUUUAGAACGAU